GUGUGGGGACCAGAAGGACCUGUGAGCUUCAGUCAUCAGCUCACUGAGUUCACUGUGACAGUCUGCAGCCAUCUGAAUCCCUGAAAGACGAAGAAGUCGUCUACCUGUUGGUACUUUCAGUGUGUUUCUUGUAUAUAUUCAGCUUCUUUUAUACAGAUUUCCUCUGCAUCUCCAUGGAUAUCGGGGGUCUGACAACAGUGGUGGCCAACUCUGCUUACAUCUCUGCCCGUGGGAGCUUUGAUGGCACUGCCAACCCAGCUGUCAACCGGGACAAGAAGUACCGAUCCCGUCUAAAGCUGCCUCACAUUACAGUCUGUGAAGGUCUGCGUGAAACCUUAGAUCUCGGCUUCAACACAGUCUGUGUGGAGCAGCCCAUUGGCAAACGCCUUUUCCAGGAGUUCUUGGAGGCCAACAAUGAGUACAAAGGUCCCUGCCGUCUAUGGAAGGACAUUGAAGACUACAACAUGGCUGAGGAUGAGGACAGAGCCAACAAAGCAAGCAAGAUCUUGUCUCGGUACAUGGAGCCUAAUGCUAAGUAUAACUGCCCCUUUCUGCCGGAAAAUGGGAUCACAAAGGUGAAAGAGAAACACCAAGAGGCUGGUGAUGAACUUUUCAAUGAGACUAUGGACAGUGUGAUGGACUUCCUGAAAGAAGUGCCCUACACUUUUUUUCUGGAGAGUAUGUAUCUGAAGAGGUUCCUGCAGUGGAAGUGGCUGGAGAUGCAGCCAGUAGGAGACGACUGGUUUCUGGAUUUUCGUGUUUUGGGUAAAGGUGGUUUCGGGGAGGUUUCUGCCUGUCAGAUGAAAGGCACAGGGAAACUGUAUGCAUGCAAAAAGCUCAACAAGAAGAGACUAAAGAAGAGGAAAGGUUAUGAGGGGGCCAUGGUGGAGAAAAGGAUCCUGGCUCGAGUUCACAGCAGAUUCAUUGUCUCUCUAGCUUAUGCCUUCCAGACCAAAGUUGAGUUAUGUCUGGUUAUGACCAUCAUGAACGGGGGAGAUCUAAGGUAUCACAUCUACAAUGUGGAUGAGAACAACCCAGGCUUUGAUGAGCCACGUGCCUGUUACUAUGCUGCACAGAUUAUCCAGGGCAUGGAGCACCUCCACCAGAAGAGGAUCAUCUAUAGAGACCUGAAGCCAGAGAAUGUACUGCUGGACAAUGAGGGUAAUGUGCGAAUCUCUGAUCUUGGUCUGGCUGUGGAGCUGGCUGAUGAUCAGUUCAAAAUCAAAGGCUACGCUGGAACUCCAGGUUUCAUGGCUCCUGAACUUCUGAAAGGAGAAGAGUAUGACUACUCUGUGGAUUAUUUUACACUAGGGGUCACCCUCUAUGAGUUCAUAGCAGCCAAGGGGCCCUUCAGGAGUCGUGGAGAAAAGGUGGAGAACAAGGUGGUGAAGAAACGGAUUCUGGACGAUCCUGUAACCUAUCCAGAGAAGUUCAGCGAGAACGCCCGCUCCCUCUGUGAGGGGCUGCUGUGCAAAGAGGUUGACAAGAGGCUUAGUUUCAAGGACGGGUCAUGUGAUGAGCUGAGGGCUCAUCCCUUCUUCCAGGACAUCAACUGGAGGAAACUGAACGCAGGAAUCCUGACUCCCCCUUUUGUACCAGACUCCAAGACGGUGUAUGCCAAGGACCUGGAUAACGUGGGCGCCUUCUCCACGGUAAAAGGCGUGGCUCUGGAAGACGUAGACAAUGAGUUCUUUGAUGAGUUUGCCACGGGGAACAUCCCCAUCCCCUGGCAGGAGGAGAUGAUAGAGACAGGGAUCUAUGGAGAGCUCAACGUGUGGGGCCCCGGUGGUACCCUGCCCAACGACCUGCGGCGGGAGUCCAUCCUGGAGCAGCCGCCCAAGUCCUCCACCUGCACGGUGUCCUGAAUGCUCAAGAUAGCCGCAAAGAUACCCUUUAUAAAUAAUGUUAAUUGUCAUGACGAGCGCUUUAUGCAAUAUUCUGUUUUAUUUUAAGCUGUUUAUGUAAGAAUGUUUAUAGGAUUAUUGUACUUUUAAUAAUCUUUUGAUGUAGGAAUUUCUCAACAGUUCAGGUAUUUAAUAUGUCAUCAUCCUACUAUAGAAACUUUAUUUAAACUUGUUCCUGCAAAACUUGUUUCUUUGCGACACUGUCACAACAAUCAGCUAGGAAUGAAAAAUUUGAAUUUUUUUUUUUUUUUUUCUCCACGACAGAAAUGAAAAACAGAGCAUUUAUAUUUCCUACUUUAGUUUUUUGUCUGCUGAGCUAAGCUGUUUCUUUAAGCAUUAAUAGAGACUGCAUGUACUACUCUUAUUUUCUGUUAUUAGUUUCCAUCAUCUGUCUUAAUAUGCUUCCUCCAUGUGUAAUAAUAGUUUCAUAUGUUUAAUGUUUUUUACUGCUGUCUCUAAAUUCAAAUAAAUUCAUCACUUUGGAUUUAA